UGUGUGUGUGUGUGUGUGUGUGUGUGAGGGAGGGAGAGAGGGAGAGUACUCCCAGCGCAGCCUGAUCAGUGUUUCGGUCUCCUUCUUGCGAUGUGGAUUACAGCUCCCACUGCUUACUGGAUUGCCAUUCCCAUUACUGGAAACUUGCCUUGAACAGCACAGAGGAUUUUUUUUAUUAGAAUUCAGCUUUUUGACAGCAGUAAUUUUAAUUUAGGUGUUAGGUGGACUUCAGCACUUAAUUCAGACUGUUGUACAUGAGCAUGGAGAUAAACGGUCGUGUCCUGCCGCCAUCAAUACCUGAGGAUGGAGAGGCCCCGGACCAUGUUCUUCAUGGGGAGAUGAACGGUUACCACCAGAGGCUGCAGGGCGGUGACGGGGGAGAGGCUGAGGUGCCGGUGUCCAAGUCCCAGAGACGAAAGAGCGAUGUCAAAGUCUACAAGGAGUUUUGUGAUUUUUAUGCUCGCUUCAACAUGGCCAAUGCUCUGGCCAAUGCCAUGUGUGAGCGCUGCAAGAGUGGUUUUGCCCCGGCUGAGAAGAUAGUGAACAGCAACGGGGAACUUUACCAUGAGCAGUGCUUCGUGUGCGCCCAGUGUUUCCAACAGUUCCCAGAGGGACUCUUCUAUGAGUUUGAGGGCAGAAAGUACUGUGAGCAUGACUUCCAGAUGCUGUUUGCUCCCUGCUGCCACCAGUGUGGCGAGUUCAUCAUUGGCCGUGUGAUCAAGGCCAUGAACAACAGUUGGCAUCCAGACUGUUUCUGCUGUGAUAUCUGCCAGGCUGUGCUCGCUGAUGUUGGAUUUGUGAAGAACGCUGGAAGGCACCUGUGUCGUCCAUGUCACAACAGAGAGAAAGCUCGAGGCCUCGGCAAGUACAUCUGUCAGAAGUGUCACGCCAUUAUUGAGGAGCAGCCUCUCCUGUUCAAGAAUGACCCGUAUCACCCUGAUCACUUCAACUGCAACAACUGCGGUAAGGAGCUGACGGCUGAUGCCAGGGAGCUGAAGGGGGAGCUCUACUGUCUGCCCUGCCAUGACAAGAUGGGCGUUCCUAUCUGUGGGGCCUGUAGGAGACCCAUCGAGGGCCGUGUGGUUAAUGCCAUGGGCAAGCAGUGGCACGUGGAGCAUCAUGUGUGCUCUGUGUGUGAGCGCCCAUUUCAGGGCCACCCGUUCUAUGAGCGAGGUGGUCGCGCCUAUUGUGAGAGACACUUUGACAUGCUGUUUGGAGAUGUUUGCUACCACUGCAAUCGUGUCAUUGAAGGAGAUGUGGUGUCUGCCCUGAACAAGGCCUGGUGUGUCAACUGUUUUGCCUGCUCUACCUGCAACACCAAGCUUACCCUCAAGGAAAAGUUUGUGGAGGUGGAUCUGAAGCCAGUGUGUAAGCACUGCUACGAACGCCUGCCGGACGACAUGAAACGCCGGCUGGCCAAGCGUGAACGCGACUCAAAAGACAAGAAGAAGAAAUUACUGAUACCCAUGUGUCUGUGAUCCUCUUUUUCUCCUUUCUCCUCACUUCCACUGCUCUUCCUUUGGAACAAGUUUGUGGAGUUUGACAUGAAGCCAGUGUGCAAGAAGUGCUACGAGAAGUUCCCCCUGGAGCUGAAGAAGAGACUGAAGAAGCUGUCUGAGACUGUGGCCCGGAAGUGAACGCACAGCAGAGCAGCUGGAGGGAUGGAGAAAUAGAUGAAAUGUGGCGAUGCUAGUCGCACUUCCAGAGUUGACAAUCAUAUAAGACAGGAUUUGUGUUUUUUAUAUAAUUAUUUUCAAACUUAGGUCGGCUAUUUCAGCGAACACGCCUCUUUAUGUCCUUUUAGUUACAGAGGAUCAUUUCACGAGCCUGAAACUGACAGAUGGGCCAACACACAGAUUGUUGGUCAGUCAGCCAGUAGGUUUAUCAUCAACCUGUAAAGUGCCUUUGGCUCAAAUACUGCGCUCUAUAUGUCUCACAUGCUUGCCUUAUUUCACUCUAUGUAUUAAACCUAAACACAGAUGAUGAUGACGAUCCUGUAAUUUAAAAUGACAUAUGAGCUUUAAGCAAACACGGGAACGUGUGAAUAUUAAAAAUGCGUAUUGACAGACUGUUCAGCUGCUUGCCAACUUGUCUCACGACGCCAAGCCACACGUCCUCUGUUUGACUCAUGUUACUGAUACUUGAGUAUAAUAAUGGAGUAAACCCAAAGAGAGCAAAAUACAGUUUUAUUGAAUGUGUAUAUAGUAUCUCCAAUAUGUCAUGUUUUUCACCAAUAUGUAUUACUUUAUAUGUUAUUAAUGUGUAUUUUCUUUAAUAUUAUACAAUAUAAGUUUGUGUUUAGCUCUAUAAAGUUAGAACUUCUUUUUGCAUCCACAGUUACUGUAGCCUCCUUAAUGCUACACUGAUGGACUCAACCAUCAACUGCAGUAUGUUGGAUUGCCUUCUUAUGUGCUAUGCAAACAAUCUCUAUGUAAACUGGUAUUUACAAUACAAUACCAGUUUAUUAGGGUCACUUGUACAAUCUCAUAUCAUCCAAUACAACAGCCCUGAAAUAAAUCCCAAGUUUAUAUUGUUCAGUUUUUGUGUUAUCUACUCGUUUAAAUACAUGAGGGCGGCAGGAUAACUCAGUCCAAUUUAACACCAUAACCACAGCUUUAGAAAUUACUACAGAGACUAGGCAACACCUCUGACACGCUGUAAACAAACACUGAGCAUAAUAAGCUUCACAGUAACAGGAUUUAUUGCAUGGCAACUGGUGACCGUGUGUGUCUUGCAGCAUGAUGGCUUGUCGCGUGUGCAGAGACCGGAUGUGGGAGUAAUGUUGGAUGUUAGAGAACAUGUGUUACUGCUGUUUGUAAUCCAGAGAAAGUGAUCCUCUUAGAGAGGUGUACCGACUUCCUCAGGGCUCAGACCCUCUUAGGAAAGAAAGCCAAGUGUUGCGAAUAGGAAAGAAUAGUUUCACUUGCGCAGUAUUUUAUCACAUAUCUUUCACAUAGUAGUUUAGUAGAAAAACACAUUCCACUAUUUAUGGAAAUACAAAGCCUGUGUUUCCAGGAAUUUCACUACCUGCGCCACAACAUUUCUCAGUUGUCAUGUAGAAGAAGAACUAUUCACUGAACUUUCUGAACUCUCCUAAAAAUAGUCCAGUGGAAAGUUUUCUGAUAUGUUACUACCUGGGCGACUGAGAUGACUCCACACAGACAGACACUGCUCCUAUACUGUAUUUUAUCUUUGCAAUGCUUGUCAAGAGACGAUAUUUAUUAUGUAAACACACCAAAGUGCAUGUUCUAGACAUUACUAUUUUUCAUUAUAUCCAAAGUAAUUCUGUCAGUUCACCUGAAUAAACAUGUAUUUCAAUGCUA